UAAAUUAUUUGAAAGUCGGUUAUAUGAAACGUUUAUUUUAUUAUACGCACGUUUCGCUCGCUUUUCCCUUUCAGUCUUUCUUUCAGCUUUUUUUCGUUCCGUUCAAAUGGCUGAAUUCAGUACACCACCGAGAGUAAAAUCCAAAGGCAAAACGGAUAAUUCCGAGUUAAAUACUCCUAUAAAAAUACCAGCAUCGCCUUUCUUGCAGCAGAUAGGCUAUGGCACAGGUGUUGCUGUAUACAUGAUGCAAAGAUCACCCAAAGUAGGCUCUAUACGUUCACCUUGGGCAGUAAAGAAAUGGAUAAAGGGAAGAAACAACGAAAUAAACAAUAAGCGCCUUCAAUUAGAGGCAGAUGUUCUGCGACAAUUGAAUCAUCCCAACAUUGUCGGUUUCAGAGCCUUUACUAAAGGAUUAGAUGGAAAGCCGUGCUUGGCUAUGGAAGCAUUGGAAAUGUCGCUUGGUGACAUGAUAGAGGAAAGAAUAGACCGUUUGGGGGAUGAACCAUUCCCAGCUAAGAACAUUAUGAGAGUUGGUUUUGAAAUUGCGAAAGGAUUGAAGUAUUUACAUCACACAGCAUACAUAUUACAUGGAGAUAUAAAAAGUUGGAAUAUCUUGGUGUCUGAUGAUUUCAAUGUAGUUAAAUUGUGUGAUUUUGGGACUGCUUUACCACUGACAGAAUCUUUAGAAUUAGACUCAUCCAAAGGAAAUUUUUCUUAUGUUGGGACACAAUGUUGGAAUCCUCCUGAAAUUAUUUUUGAAGAUGGAUCAGUGACGAAUGCUGCUGAUAUUUGGACAUAUGGCCUUACUCUUUGGGAAAUGAUAUCUUUGUCAAUACCUCACACUGAUGAACUUGAUGAAUCUUUUAACGCGUCACUCACAGAGACAGAUUUGACAGAUAAUCAGCUUGAUGAUUCUAAUUUGGCUAUGGAAAAUAUUUUCCCUAAAGAAGUAAUGUCACGUGCAUCCAGUAAAUAUGGCACACGUCCAGCUUUACCUGCCAUUGACUUAGGCAAAGAAUAUGAGAAAAUACUUGAAGUAUUUUUCAUAUGUACUACAGCUAAUUAUAAAUUAAGACCGAGCGCGAAAGCACUCGUAAAUUACUUCGAAAAAUGCGCCAGUAAUAAGAAAAAAUAAUUGAUAUUAUUUAUAUUCGAAUUAUAUUCAUUAU